CAAAACCACCCUCAAGAAGAACAACCUCGAACCAAGCCUUCUUAUCCAAGCAAUUUCUCUCUCCUGCUCGUUCAUCGAAGCGACGUUUUCAUGUUCCAGAUGCAAUCUUCCACGUGUUCAUUAUACCUUUAUAUAUAUCUCUAUACCUUGCUCUAAACCUCACUCUGCUGAAAACAUUUUGGAUAACAUACAACUUUACAUUAACAAGCUUUUCUUUGACUUUAUUAUUACAAGGAACAAGUUGUUGGUUUUGUGGAAUGACUUGUGAUAAUUUGGAGUUGCCGCCCGGGUUUAGGUUUCACCCGACGGAUGAUGAGCUAGUUAUGCAUUAUUUGUGUCGGAAAUGCGCGUCUCAGCCGAUUUCGGUCCCGAUUAUUGCUGAGAUUGAUCUGUAUAAGUUCGAUCCCUGGCAGCUUCCUGAAAUGGCUUUGUAUGGAGAAAAGGAGUGGUACUUCUUCUCGCCGAGAGAUAGGAAGUACCCGAAUGGAUCACGGCCGAAUAGAGCGGCUGGAACGGGUUAUUGGAAGGCCACGGGAGCGGAUAAACCGAUUGGGAAACCGAAGCCGGUUGGGAUUAAGAAGGCGCUUGUGUUCUACGCCGGAAAAGCUCCGAGAGGGGUCAAAACCAAUUGGAUAAUGCACGAGUAUCGUCUUGCUAAUGUUGAUCGAUCCGCCGGCAAGCGGAACAACAAUCUUAGGUUAGAUGAUUGGGUAUUAUGUCGAAUAUACAACAAGAAAGGGACCCUAGAGAAGCACUAUGUCAAUGAUAAUCAAUCAUCAGAAAUGGAGGUUGAAACGAAACCCAAAAUUACCCAAAAUACCCCUCCACCCGCGGUACAUCCACCGGCGUCAGUACCACAUCACGUCAUGAAUGACGUGUUUCAUUUCGAUACGUCGGAAUCAGUUCCGACGUUACAUACGGAUUCAAGUCCUGAACACGAAAGAGAGGUCCAAAGUGACCCGAAACAAAAUGAUGUUGGGUUUAGUUACAUGGACCCGUUUCAAGAUGACGGUUUUACCCCUCAAUCGCAAUACUAUAACGACUUUCAACUGUCCCCGUUACAGGACAUGUUUAUGUACACACCAAAGCCCUUUCAGAUGUGAAAACUCUUUAAGUUUCGUUUGUAGUUGUACAAUGGUUUAUGGGCAAGGUACAUAUUGCCAUAGAAGAUGUGAAGGAAUUUGGGCCCAUUUAGAACAUAUUAUCAAGUUGAAAUGGGUGACAAGUUGAAGGGCAAAAUGGGUACAGUUUUGUUAUGGGUCAAGGAGCAAGUGGGGGUGUGGAUAGAGUAGUGAUGGGCAAAUUGCCAUAGAUGCAAGAAAUCUUGAUGUUGGCAUGAUUUUCCCAUUGUAGUUAGUAGAACACAAAUAACACUCUUAGAUGUGUAAUUUGAUGAAGGAAAUGAACUAUUAAUGUGUUGGUUUCUAUGGUCA